GGGCUGCGCCUGCGCAGCCGUGGGAGGCGGGGUGCUGGGGCUGUGAGGAGUCUGGUUUGUUGUUGUUGUCCCAGCUCCGGGGGCUCCUCAGUUGCCGCCGCGCCGCCAUGUCCUGUCCUCAGGAGCCGCCGCAGCACAACAACAACAACAACCCCCCGGAAGAGGGGGCGCCCGCCGAGCCGGGCCUCAACAGUUCCUGGGUGGAGUUACAGAUGAACGGCAAUGGCAAUAGCAAUGAUAAUGCUAGUGGGAAAAAUGGGGGCCUGGAACAUGUCCCUUCGUCAUCCUCUAUCCACAAUGGAGACAUGGAAAAAAUCCUUCUGGAUGCCCAGCACGAAUCAGGACAGAGUAGUUCAAGGGGUAGUUCGCACUGUGACAGCCCUUCCCCUCAAGAAGACGGACAGAUAAUGUUUGAUGUGGAAAUGCACACGAGUAAGGACAAUAGUUCUCAGUCUGAAGAAGAAGCAGUAGAAGGAGAGAAAGAAGUGGAAAUUUUGAAGAAAAGUGCUGACUGGGUUUCAGACUGGUCGAGUAGGCCUGAAAACAUUCCUCCCAAGGAAUUUCACUUCAGACAUCCUAAACGUGCAGUAUCUUUAAGUAUGAGAAAGAGUGGAGCUAUGAAGAAAGGUGGCAUUUUCUCUGCUGAGUUUCUUAAGGUUUUCAUUCCAUCUCUGUUUAUAUCUCAUGUUUUGGCUUUGGGACUAGGCAUCUACAUUGGAAAACGACUGACCACACCUUCAGCCAGCACUUACUGAGAGAAGCAGAAUGCCAAACUUGGAAAUCCACGUGACCUGUGAAGAUGUUAUUGUCACAUUAGUACAUUUGAACUUGACCAUUUUAAGCAUGACCCCAGCCCUGCCCUUUCUUUACAUAUCCAGGUUCCAGUAACUCUUGGGAUUCAGUAUUGUAUUGGAACUCUGUUGAGGUGUUUGACUACCCACCUUCUCUCCCCCCACCCCUUGGCCUGCAAAACACUUCAGUUGCCUAACAGACUGUACAAUUGUCUAUACAUUGCAAGGGCUUCUUUCAGUACAAAAUUCCACCAGCAAAUUAUAAUUUUAUCAGUGAUGCUGUUGCCUCCUCUAGUACAACCUGACUUAAAUCUGCAACUGCUCAUGGAAUAAAUGUUGACUGUAUUAUAACAAUUGCCAAUCUCUUUAAAAGAAACUGAAGGUUGGUUAAAGUAAAAGUGAGUCUUUGUUUUUAGAAAACUGUUGGCUGUAAAUCAAACUAAAAAAUCAUUGGCAAUAAAGAAUAAAUAAAUUUUAAAACCAGCUUUUUGGGUAAUUUACUAACCCCCUAUUUUGGCCAUGAGUUUUAGUUUGCAGAAGGCAAAGACUGCACAAAACAUAAAGCAGGAUAAUAACUUAAAGUCAUCAGCAUAUGCUAAUACUAGAUAAUUGUCAUAAUCUUGUCUUUCUAUGAGGUAGGCUCCUUGUUUUUGGUAGGAAAAUCUAAUGCCUAGAAAACGUUAGAGGAAUUGUGUUGUUUGCAUGUGAAGAAGCUUUUAUUUUCCUUUAGCUUUUUCCUUACUGGAAAAUUGUAAAUAUAAAGUUUUCCUUUAUAAAAGCAGUUUGAAUGCAAAUAUUUUUGGUGUAUUUAGACCAGGGAUCCCCCGAUUUGGUUCAUGGCUUGUUCAGGGUAAACCCCUGGCAGGCCGCGAGACACUUUGUUUAUCUGAGCUUACUGGGAGCUGCUAGCGGCCAUACCUGCAGAUGCUCAGGUAAACAAAGCGUCUCAUGGCCCGCCAGAGGCUUACCCUGAACACGCCAUGAACCAAGUUUGGAACCCCCUGAUUUAGAUUCUCUGUAAAAAGGGGAGUCUCUUGAAACCAUCUACAAUGAUAAAGAUACGGUAGUUCAGUAGGUACUCAAAAGCAUUUGAUCUGCUGUCUUCUUUAGUGAAGUUUUCAAUAUUUCCAUUUCUCAUUGUUUACUGUACAGUCUCCCUUGGGGAUAAUGUAGACCCUAAGGUCAUUAGUGACGUCUCAUGUAGCUAGGUAGAAUUCUCACUAAUGUUGUUGAACUUUUAUCUUUGGGAACACUCAGCCUUGUCCUUCUUCAGUGACACUUUCUUCAAAAUGUGACGCUUUAGUACCAAAUCAUUACAAAGCAUCAGGACAUAGCCUUGUCCUUAAGUAGAUUUUAUUGGAUUUCAAAACAUGUAGCAUGACUCUGAAGGAUAGAAUACUUGGGUUUUUUAAUAUAUAUAAAAAUAUGAUAUAGGCUUUUUAAUACUAAAUAUUUAGGGAACCAAUGUUAAUUUUAAAACUAGCAAAAUCUCAUUGAAAUGGGAAAUGCAUUAGGCUGACUUGUAGAAAAUGUUAAGAAAAACUGGUCAGCAAGUUUGGAAGAGAAACCUACCUUAAGUUUUCUGCUUGCAUCAGAUAAAGUUGAUGAUUUGGUAUAGCAGUGAUAGUUCAAAACAGUUCAAGCAUGGAAGCUAAUUCCUAGCUGAGGUUUGCUUUAAAAAGGGCACCUCAGGAAGCAAAGAGGCUAAGUAUGAAAUCCAUUUAAAAAAUGUGUUCAUUUUAUUCUCCACUUCUCACAGCCUUUAGGAGAAGGUUAGUAGGCUUUAAGACAAGUCCAGUGUGAAAGGGUAGUUGAAGCAUUCUGUUUAGGCAUCUGUUUUUUCCUUUAAUCUCAGAUAUUAGUAGCUCGUGAAUUAUCUACAACUACGUAUUUAUUUCAAGUGUGGAUAUUGGGUUUCAUCCAGACGUGGAAGAAAAAAGUGACGAGUGUUUUUAGGCAGUAUAAACCACCUUAUUUUAGAGACCUAAAUAAAACAGGAAGGGAGAAAGGCUGGUAUACUUUAUUAGUACUAAUUAUAGCAUCUUCUUUUGUAUGAAAAUUGGAAUAGUAGCAAAAUAGAUUUAUAAUAAGUAGGGAAUAUCUUUGUUUUAAAAAAAAACACCAUCCAUAUUACAUUGAUUCAUCUGCAGAAUACUUGAUAAAUUAAUAUGUUACAAGCUUGUGACUAGAGGAUAAGCACAGCUAUGUGCUAAUAUUUCAAGCAGCUGUGAGAUUAAAAAUUGUUCAUGGAAAAUAUUACUGAAAAAUGGAUACCUGAUCACUGUAGCACUUGUUAUCAUACAAUGAUACAAUGCAGUAUUUAUUGAUACCCACACACAAGCUUGGGAUGGAAGUCUACAACUUUUAGUUUUACAAUGAACCGAAACAGAUCGUUGUAUAAUCUGAAAAGGGGUUUCAGCUAUUGAUAGUUGAAGUUUUGUUAAGAUAAAUAUUGUUUAAAAGCUUUAUACCUGUUUACAAUUUUGGGGAAAAAAAUGCAGGCUUCAUUUUUCUUGUGUUCAGUGAAAACUGGCUUAAAAUAUUUGUAAAUAGGAUCAAGCAAAAAUACAUAAACUCGCACAUUAAAAAAAUGUGACAGGCUAACCUAACUGUAGCAAGUACAUAUUUACUUACUCUGUUUUGAAAAGUAAAAACUGAAAACGCUGUUAGAAAUUCAGAUUUUUUAAUUGACCCACUUGUUGAAAUUAUUGAAGUUAACUGAGCCAAAGUGAUUAUGCAUCCUUCAUAUAUUUAGUUAGCACUUUGUAACAUUAUAUACAGUUUACAGUACAUGUAUAAGUUGUAGCUAUAAACAUUUUGUGCCAUUAAAGCGCUCACAAAGCUCUC